CCCGGCAACUAGCAACCGGAAUUUUGCCACUCGGAGCGUAUGACAUGUGGGCCUAUCUGUGUCUAUGAAAUAUGGCCUAGCACCCAGCAAUGGCGGCCAAGCUGGCCAAGGAGCCUGAGAUCUUGGAGCUCUCCAAUGGCAGCAUCACCGCCAAGAUCGCCACCUGGGGCGCCACCAUCACCUCCCUCCUCGUCCCCGACGCCCACGGGAAUCUCGCCGAUGUGGUUCUUGGAUUCGACACGCUGGAGCCUUACAUGAAAGGCAUAUCACCCUAUUUCGGUUGCAUUGUUGGCCGAGUUGCAAAUAGGAUCAAGGAUGGGAAGUUUACUUUGAAUGGAGUUGAGUAUUCAUUGGCUAUUAACAAUGGACCCAACAGCCUUCAUGGUGGGUUGAAGGGGUUUGACAAGGUAGUGUGGGAUGUCGUAGAGCGCAAAGGUGGUGAAUGCCCAUCAAUCACCUUUCAAUAUCACAGCAAGGAUGGGGAAGAGGGUUACCCUGGUGAUGUAACCAUUCGAGCAACAUACUCUCUUCGUCAUUCUACCACCCUAAGACUUGACAUGGAAGCAGUAGCAGAGAACAAGGCAACGCCUAUCAACUUGGCGCAGCACACGUACUGGAACCUGGCAGGCCACAACUCUGGUCACACCUUGGAUCAUUCAAUCCAGAUCUGGGGAAAACACAUAACUCCAGUUGAUGAAAACACAAUUCCCACUGGCGAGAUAGUGCCGGUAAAGGACACGCCUUUUGACUUCACUACAGAGCACAAGAUUGGAGCCCGCAUCAACGAUGUGCCUGGAGGAUAUGACCACAACUAUGUGCUGGACUGUGGUGAUGAGAAAAAUGGGCUUAAGCAUGCCGUCAAACUGAAAGAUCCAUCAAACUCAAGGACCCUGGAUCUCUGGACUGAUGCUCCUGGCAUGCAAUUCUACACUGCUAACUAUGUAGAUAGCAUCAGUGGCAAAAGCGGCGCUGUUUAUGUGAAGCAUUCUGGAGUAUGCUUGGAAACCCAGGGGUUUCCUAAUGCCAUCAACCAACCCAAUUUCCCCUCUGUGGUGGUGCAGCCUGGUGACAAGUAUAAGCACUCUAUGCUGUUUGAGUUCUCAGCCUAAUUAGAGACGCUAUGAGCUGCUCAAGUGGCUGCAACUUCAGCUCUUGUACAAGGAAAUAAACGAGCAGUGACCCUAGUAAUGCAAAGAAUAAGUAUUAGUCACCAGAAUGGGAUAGUUGUAAUAUUUUGUGUUAGAACCAGAAUAAUCUAAAUAAGUGAAAGUGGAAUCCUUGCAAAAAUAUGCAUACACGUCGGUUAGAUCAUCCGGGGUAAAAUAUCAUUCGGGGUAAAAUAUCAUGGAGUUCACAUCUAGAAACUUCUAUUGCAGAAAGGUCCUUCCACAUGUCUGAAAAAAAAUCCAUCAAAUUUCUUUACGCC